CUGUCUGUGGUAACUUGUGGUGUAUUGGAUAAACUAGUUUACAGAUGUAAACAUUUAAAUAAAAUUAUUGAUUUUCCCUUAUUAUUUGGUCAAUUGGAACUUUUGUACUACCAAAACUUUCUAAAUCGGAAGUAUAGUUAUUGGCAUUGAUUUGAAAUGGAAGCCUUUUUGAAUUUGAAUGACGUUCUAAUCUGUAAUCACUAUUUCUUAGUAGGCGGCGUAUUUCUCGUUUAUUUAGUUUAUAGAAUUCUUCAUUCGAUAUUUUCCGAUAAUAAUUAUAUGCGCACACGAUAUAGAAGCCGAGGUCAUACUUGGAGAAGCAUUCAGUGUAACAAAUCAUUACCUUAUAAUAUUUAUUGCACAAAUUGUGGUAAACUGAUGUUACCAAUUGUGGGGCUCUUCUGUGAAUGUUGCGCUAUAAGCGCAUGCAAAAGGUGUCAUAGGGCUAUAGAUAAAAAGUUUAAAUGUAAAUCACUUUCUUGGCCUGGAGACAAGCCAUUUUACCAUCACUGGGUUCAUGUGGGAACCAGUCCGUCUGAGAGUGUGGACCAGAAUGAAGAAGGUCUUAGAAAGUACUUUUGUUCAUGGUGUCAAAGGACAAAACUAUGGGCUCAUACUCUUGCUGAUGAUAGAGAGCUAUGUGAUUUUCAAAAAUACAGAAAUAUAAUAAUUCCACCUGCAUGUGUUCAGUUAGAAAAAGGAGUUGUUUCUAACAUAAAACAUCCAGGUGACAAUGAAUGGGAACCGUUUAUAAUUUUGGCUAAUCCAAAGUCCGGAAGCAAUAGAAGUGAUGAAGUACUGUCUUUGUUUAGAGGUGUGCUUAAUCCAAUACAGGUAGUGGAUAUCAGUUCAACUUCUCCAGAAAGUGUGGUGCGAUGGUUGCCUCCAAGAUGUCGCAUCCUCGUGGCUGGCGGAGACGGCACUGUGGCAUGGGUCAUGAACUCUCUCUUCUCUUUCCCUCAAGUUAAGGCGGCUGUUGCGAUUUUGCCUAUGGGCACUGGCAAUGAUCUGUCGCGUGUGCUGGGAUGGGGCGCAGGCGGACACACUACAUUGGACGCGCAUAACAUCAUUAAUUCUGUAAAGAAUGCCAGUCAUCAACCACUUGACAGAUGGAAGGUGACGAUAAACCCUAAGCGCACUAGACUGGGUCGGUAUCGGCAGCCGCGCAUGCUGUACGCGUACAACUACGCGAGUAUCGGCGUAGACGCUCAAGUGGCCUUGGAUUUCCAUCAUGCACGCGCGCAAUUUCUCUACAGAUACGCUAGUAGGACUCUUAAUUAUAUGGCGUACGCGUUCCUGGGCGUGGGGCGGGCGCUGGACGACGGCGGCUGCGGCGGGCUGGAGCGGCGCCUGCGCGUGUGCGUGGCGGGCGAGGCGCUGGCGCUGCCGCCGCUGCAGGCGCUCGUCGCGCUCAACAUCCCCUCCUGGGGCGCCGGCGUCGACCUCUGGAGUAUGGGCAGCGAAGAUGAAGUGGGAGAGCAGAGUAUUAACGAUGGGAAGCUUGAGGUAGUCGGAAUUUCGUCAUCGUUCCACAUAGCGAGAUUGCAGUGUGGGCUAGCAGAACCUUACCGUUUCGCUCAAGCUUCUAGCCUAAAGAUUGAAUUAGAAGGGUCUUGCGCUAUGCAAGUGGAUGGCGAGCCGUGGAUGCAGGGGCCCGCAACUAUUCUGAUCGAGCCGGCCGGCCAGAGCCUCAUGUUACGAGCGAGCGGGAAACAGCGCAAGAACGAAUGAUCUCUUACGUUAUACAAGCCUUAUUUGGCUCUUAUAAUUCACCUAAGGUGUUAGUUUAGUACUCAGUUAUCGAUUGAUAACAUUAUUUUAAAUGACAAAUCUCACCACUUAUUUAAGUGCCAAUGUUUGAUGCACAUGUUAUGAGUUUGUGAAACAAAUUGUGUAAUAAACACCCAAUGUUAUUUU